AUGUCCCGUCGCAGCAGUAUGAUGGACCAGGGCCGCUACGGCACGCAGGGUAAGUCCCGGAGGCCUGAUUUCUCUGACAGAUACAACCGAUACAGAAGAUCGAGCAGCCAGAAUGGUCAGCAAAAUGUACUCUGUGAUUUCUGCCUGGCGAAGAAGAUGAGGGCCGUGAAGUCCUGUCUCACAUGCCUGACCUCGUUCUGUGAGACUCACCUGCGAGCUCACUAUGAAUAUCCAGCUCUGAUGAAGCACAAGCUGGUGACAGCGACAGGGCAGCUGAGAGAGAAGAUAUGUGCAGAGCACGACAAGUUACUGGAAGUAUUCUGUCGCUCUGAUCAGAGGUGUGUUUGCGUUCUGUGUAUCAUGGAAGAGCACAAAAAACAUGACACUGUUACAGCCGCAGCUGAGAGGACAGAGAAGCAGAAAGAGCUUGGGGUUACACUGAUGACCUCUCAGCAGAAGAUUGAGGAGCGAGUAAAAAAGUGGCAGGAUCUAAGGCAGGCAGCUGAGUCUCUUAAGCACUCAUCUCAGAGUUUGUUAGAAGAGAAUGAUCGGAUCUUCACAGAGUUAAUUCAGGCUCUGGAGAGGAGGCAUGCGGAUGUGAAGGAGAUGGUCCGAACUCAAGAGGUAGCCCUUUUGACUCAAGCAGAGAGACACCAGGGCCAGAUGGAGGAAGAGAUCACACUGUUGAGGAUGAAACACAAUGACCUGGAAAAGCUCUCGCACUCUGAGGAUCACAUCCAUUUCCUACAGAGCUGGCAGGCUCUAACUGGACCAUCAGGGUAUGAGGACUUGUCCAAAACGGCACUUGUCCCACAGCACACUUUUGAUAAGGCAAAGAAAGCUAUCUCUGAUCUUAAAGUGCAGCUAGAGGAUGUGAGUAAGGAAGAACUGAGUAAGAUCUCACAUGCAGUGAGAGAUGUUCAAAUUCUGCAGACUGUGCACCCAAAAACAAGGGAGGAGUUUUUACAAUAUUCCUGUAAUCUUUCCUUGGAUCCUCUAACAACUCACCCAAACCUGCACCUUUCCAAAGUAAACACCAUGGUGCAAAUGAGCAGUGAUCUCAAGCAGUACCCUGAAAACCUGGAGAGGUUUGACUACUGGCAGCAGGUGCUUUGCAGGGAGGUCCUGUCUGCAAGUCGCUGCUAUUGGGAAGUGGAAUGGACCGGCACUGAGGCUGACAUAGCUGUGACUUACAAGAACAUUAACAGGAAAGGCAAUGAUAAUGCCUGCAGCUUUGGCUGGAAUGACAAAUCCUGGAGCCUGUACUGCUCUGAGUCCAAGUACUCCUUUAUUCACAACAGUAAACGUACCACUAUACCAGUGCCCAGUUCUUCAAAAAUAGCAGUGUAUGUAGACCACAGCGCUGGAACACUAGCGUUUUACAGUGUGUCUGACACAAUGACGCUCCUCCACAAGGUUCAUACCUCAUUCAUCCAGCCAAUCUAUGCUGGAUUUGGAGUCUGGGGUUAUGGAACCACUCUAAGGAUACUGUAA